CGCGCCUCGGGAUUAUUAUUCCUCAUGCAUUUGUUCGUUCGUUAGUAUUCCGUAGCGUGUUUUUGAUCUCUUUAUUGGAUUUUGUUCGUCGAUUUCUUCUGCUUUUUGGACGAUUCGGAUUUGGAGCGUGCGAUGAUUUUGGAUGAUUUGAGGCCAGGAUCUCCGGCGACGGAACGUGGAUGUGGCCGCCUGGAGUUGAAGAUGGAAGUAGUAGGUAGCGAUGAAGGGAAGGAAUCGAAGGUUUUUCGCAGGAAGAGAAUGGAUCUGCGGCGGGUGAGCUCGCUCUCGGUCGACGAAUCCGACGAGGAUCUGUUGUUCGGAGGGAACAAUUUGAAGAAACAGAGAUUCGAGGUUGAGAAGGAGCGAACGCGAAUUGAAGAUGCGUUUUCGGUUCGGUUACCGGAAAUUGACGCCGCCGGAGCUGGAAGUUCUGGAGUAGAACCGCCGCCGCGCCUAUCGCAUGGAUUGAUGUCGGUUAUUGGUCGGAGGAGGGAGAUGGAGGACGCGGUGGCGGUGGAAUUAGGAUUCAUGGAGAAAAGCGGUAAGAGUUACGAUUUCUUCGGCGUCUACGACGGCCACGGAGGGCAGCGCGUGGCGCGCGCGUGCGGUGAGAUGCUGCACAACCUGUUGGCGAGUGUUGUUGAAGGAGAAACCAGUAACGAGACGGACUGGCCGGCGGCGAUGGCCGCCGGAUUCAGGAACAUGGAUGACGAGGUGAAUAAAAUCGGCGCCUCGGUAGCUACCAUGGGAUCGACGGCGGUUGUUGCUGUGGUAGGAGACGACGAGUUAGUGGUUGCCAAUUGCGGCGAUUCUAGGGCGGUGCUCUGCCGCGCCGGCGUCGCUGUACAGUUAUCCGACGACCACAAGCCGGACCGGCCGGAUGAAUUGGCGAGGAUCGAGCUCGCCGGAGGGAGGGUGAUCAAUUGGAACGGCCAAAGAGUCUUGGGAGUUCUUGCUACCUCAAGAUCCAUCGGGGACGAUUACUUGAAACCAUAUGUGAUUGCAGAUCCUGAAACAAGAGUCAUGAAUCGGGGCGAAGACGACGAGUUCCUAAUUCUAGCGAGCGACGGAUUAUGGGACGUGGUCUCGAAUGAUCUAGCGUGCCAAGUCGUGAGGCGGUGCUUCCAGCGGCAGAUUCGGAGCCGCCGCCGACAGAAAGAUGAUAAACAGAAGUGUGUAGAAGAAGAAUGUGAUGAGAAAAUUGGGGAGAGGGGUGGCGGAGAAGCAGAAACAGCAGCAGCAAUGCUAAGUGAGUUAGCCAUGGCGAAGGGAAGUAGGGACAAUAUUAGUGUAGUUGUAGUUGGUUUGAAAUUUUGAUUUUUUCUUUUAACAUAUUGAAGGCUUUUUUUCUUUCUUUCUUUUUUUUUUUUUUUUUUUUUUUUUUUUUUUUUUUUUUUUUGAGGUUGGGUUCAUGAUUUUAGUAGUAAUUUCUGUGGGAAAUUAAGAAAAAUUAGAUUAGUAGUUCUUAAUAUAAUAUUGUUGGCCUGAAAGUAAUUUGGCCUUCUUUA